AUGGCGUCACCCUCAAACUCUCCCACAUCCGCUCUUUUAUCCUCAAUACAUAACAAAGAGAGCGUCAGAGAGGAGAAGUCAACACUAUCAGAAGAAGAAGCACAGCACAUUUCCUCCUUUACUGCCGACACCUCGCAAAGGGUGGAUCAACCUGGGGAAAAUAUGGCACCGCGAAGCUCCCAACGCGGCGGUGGCAGAUCAACAAACAUCCAACGUCGUGAGGCAGAUCUCAGUGGGAUCAUCUCCACCGCACAAAAGACUGAGCUAGUACUUUUGGUUGCCUCUAUUACGAGCGAAAUGCAGGAACACGUUUGUAAAGUCUUCGAUCACCAGCCUUCAUCCACAUUCUUCCGGCCCGUGCAUUAUUCCAGCAACUCACACGCGAAAUCACCACCGCUCAUGUCCAGUGGUCGCAAUGUCGUUGUAAAUCAAAUCCAUGGUCAAUAUCCGCAUGCUAUGGGGUUCGACGGUGCACAGGGAGAAUUGAAGAGAGAGGCCCUGUCAUCAUUCCAGAAAUGGCAGGCAGCCGUCACAAAGCGAGUGUCUGAGAUCCGUGCUUCAGGCGACCAAAUGCAACAAGCGCCUCAAACCCAGGGGAAAACAUUCAACAACAAACAAUCCGGUAGGGCGGCCGGUACGGGAUUUGAUAGAAAUGGCGGAAUCAACACUGGAAGGGCAACACCAAACGACGCAAGACCAACUCUCGCUGUUGAAGUGGUUCAACGUGGUAAUGUGUUAAAAGCACCCGGAGUUUCAAAUGGCUCAAUUACACAGUUGAAUAUGGAGAGACGGCAGCAUCUCCUCCACGUUCUUAUUCUGCUGAUUGUAUCUUUGGAAACAUACCAAGCUUACUCGCGUACUUUUAUGUCCCGCAUUGCCGCUCAUCUCCGAAUUCCCCAAGACGUUAUGGCAGAGGAGGAAUACCGCAUCGCCCUGGGUCUUUCGCAUGCUGCAAGCAAUGCUUUCAACGAAGAAGCUGUUUUUAAGAAAAGUGACGAGGGGCGGAGAGAGAGGAAGGGACGGGCUGCCGGCCCAAACAGAUCAUCCACAACAUUGAAGCUGGCACAUUCCCUCGAUGUCGCUAAAGUUGGAUCACUUGCAGGAGGUCAUGGGCUCGGAUCUACUGCCACAGCAUCAGUGCUUGGAACCAUGGGAACCCUAUUGGAUGGCGGACUUGCAGUCUGCGUGUUCUUCGGAAUGUGUGGACCGCGUGGUUCUUCUGCAAAAACACUGGAUGCAUUCACGAAAGAUGUGCAAGAUGUGGCUUUGCUGCCACUCUAUGGCGCGCAAAAGUUGCAGAUUCACGAGAGCAUUAUGGUCAUGCCUACCGAAAGGCGCCUCCGUCUCACGAUUGGUAUCAACGGGUGGCUAUCCAGUAGGGAAGACACCAGUGGUCCAUGGAGCAUGUUGGGCAAUAAGAGUGAGGCAUAUACUCUCAACUGGGAGCAAGAAACCCUCUUCAAAAUCGGUGCUUCGAUAAACUCAGUCGCUAGCAGUGUGGCAUGGCAAAACGCCAAAAGAAACCUUGAAACCCGAAAUUUCCUCGCCAGCCUGGAAACAUUAAGAUGGCCCAGCAGUCUUUUGAAGAUCAGCAAGAUUGUCGACAAUCCUUGGAGCGUGGGAAUGGUGCGCGCAGAUAAGGUCGGAAUCGCCCUCGCCGACGCCAUCACUAACAAAGUUCAUGGAGAGCGGGGCGUGUCUAUGAUCGGGUAUGGCCUUGGCGCGCGGGUCAUCUAUACAUGUCUGAUGAGCCUAUCUGAGCGGCGUAUUUUUGGCCAGGUUGAGAAUGUGCUAGUUAUGGGUACGCCGGCGCCUUCUUCCGGUUGUGUUUGGACGGCUCUUCGAAGUGUUGUCUCUGGCCGACUCGUCAACGUUUUUUCGGAAAACGACUUCAUUCUCGGAUUCCUGCAUCGCACCGGCUGCAUUCAAUUUGGUGUCGCAGGUCUGCAACGUAUCCAGGGCGUAUACGGUAUCGAGAAUGUCGAUGCAUCGAAACCAAUCACGAACCACCUCAGAUACCCCAGCCUAGUUGGGAGGAUACUCAAAGACGUCGGCUGGGAGGAUUUGAACGCGAACGAUGACAGGACAAUCGAGAGCCUAAACCAUGGCAGCUGCGAGCCAGAGUCUUACAUGGAGACUAAAACAGUCCAAACAAAAGGAGCAUCAACGCAGCACCUGGUGGCGAAAGAAGGAAAGAAAAGGGCAGGAAGGAGAAAAACGGAUGCUCCGCUUCACGCCAUGAGCAAUGUUCGUUGA